GAAGGUUCGCCCUGCGCUCUGUAUGUGUUCGAACCCUUGGAUGGAUUCGAAAGGGUACCGAUCAGGAGUGAAUCUCCUGAAAGAGUGCGAGCGUGCGUGGCGGCGAUCCUGUCCUCUUUAUUAGUCGGAUACCGGAGCGCUUGACUCACGGUUCAAACUUUGAUUCGAGCUGUCAAUGGAGCAUAAUCCCGUAAGAAGAUGACCCUUUUCUUUUCUCGUACGCGGACUAGCGCACAAGAAAAGAGGGGUCAACUAUGUCCCGCCCACUCUUACUACCACCCACGUAGACAGUGGUGUAUUGUAUUUAAGGCCUACCAUGAGGCUCGGCCUCGCAGGGCAAUCAAUGGGAUCUAGAAGAAGAAGAAAAGAGGGGGUCACCUAUACCUGUGUGACGCCACAAGUGAUCCCUGCAUGUAUGAUGUCUCUUCCUAGCUAUCUAUUGCAAAGCGCGCAAGUUGUGCCCUUUCGCCAUGUGUCACCUUGAAAUAGCGCCCUGGC